AUAACCUACCCAAAAAUAAAAACAAGAAAGAAGAUCAUAGAGUAAAAAGUAAAAAAUAAUAAAUCCAGGAAACUGGUAGGAAAUCUCUCCCUCAGCCUGUCACCACCGUGUUAAGCAAAGGCGCCCGUACCUUCGUCAGCCUGUGACACCUAAACCAGUGGCUCCCUUUCUUAAUAUAUAAAAGAAGCCCAUCACACCAAUUUCUCUGAUCAAUCAAUCAUCUUCACCAAUCUCACAGCUCACACACCUGAUACUGUUGUGUUUUUCCUGCGAAGGGGGAAAAAAAAAAUGAAGAGCCAAAACAAAGCCAGAGCACUUGUUUUAGUGGUAAUUCUCGCGUUCUGGGCAACAUCAGCCACCAAUGCUCAAGAAGUUGGUAAUUACCAGGAUUGAACUCGAUGUUGUAAUUUAUAAAUGUUGGAUUAUAUCUUACACUAAAUUCAUCAUAUAUUGGAUGGUUAAGUUAUACAACUUGGGUUUUUGUUGAUUUUGAUGAAACAGAGAACGAGAGGGAAUUUGAUUACGCGGAAAACAGCAGGAAGGGUCCAAGAGUUUGGGGACAAUUAAAGAAAGAAUGGGCUGCUUGUGGCAAUGGAGAACUUCAAUCCCCCAUUGACAUGUCCCAUGAAAGAGUACAGAUCAUAUCCAAACCUGAGAAGAAGAUGUACAAGCCGGCUAAUGCCACUGUUAAAAACAGAGGCCAUGACAUCUCAAUUCAAUGGAGUGGUGAUGCAGGAUCAAUUGUUAUCAAUGGCAGUUAUUAUCCACUCAGACAAGCCCAUUGGCAUUCUCCUUCUGAGCAUACAAUUAAUGGCAGGAGGUACGAUUUGGAGUUGCACAUGGUUCACCAGAACGAUGACCCAAAUCUCAAAUACAAUAUUGCCGUUGUUGGUGUCCUCUACAGAAGCGGCGCGCCCGACCCAUUUCUCACCAAGUUAAUGAGCAACAUCUCCAGUAUGAUCCACCAGAAGGAUGAGGAGAGAAAUGUGUCUAUGGUUGAUCCAAGUGAAAUUCCACAGAAUAGCAAAAGGUUCUAUAGGUACAUGGGUUCACUCACUGUUCCCCCUUGUACUGAAGGCGUCAUCUGGACAAUCAACAGAAAAGUUAGAACUGUUUCAAAGGACCAAGUUAAAUUGCUUAGAGAAGCUGUACAUGAUUAUGCAGAAAGAAAUGCCAGGCCUCUUCAACAACAUAACAGCCGAGAGAUUUAUCUUUAUGGGCCGGCAUUGUAAUUCAUCAGAAGUUCAUUGUUUUUAUUAGACUCUUUUGUUUUUUUCAGGCUUCUGCUGCUAUUAGGCUGUUAGCCACAAUGUACACUAUUUCAUCAUUGUAAUUUCUUUAGCCUUCCUAGUUGCUACAACAUGGAAGGCUGGAUUGUCCUGGCCAGCGAAUUAACUAUUCAAUUGUAAGUUUGACUCGGAGAAGAAUAAUUUGUAGUAUUUCCUCCAAACUCGUUACUCUAGAUUACCGUUUCUUAUCCAACUUUUUCUGGAAUAGUUUACAGUUUAGAAUUAUCAGGCCAGCUUAAAAAAGCUGAACCAUCCCUGGCCCCCGCUACAAUGUUUACCACCAGUUCUAACUUCAGCCCCAUGAUGAAAAAUGAUAACUUGGCCAAAUUUGGACCAAGAUUACACAGAUCAGAUUUAGCAUAUAGUCACAUUACGUUCCUAAAAUUACAUCAGCGCUACAGGCAGGCAAAGAAUAGAACAUCGAAUCACUGAAUUCCCAGCAGAUGACUCCGUGAUCGCCAAGAAUGACCAAGCCCAACAGUAUUUUACCAUAUCUAACUACCUUCUACAUUCUUGAAGAGCACGAAGCAGAUACCCGUCUUGUCUGCCGUGUAUUGUAAGAGCUGCAGGUUGGACAUUUGUGAGCCACUACAUGAAAGUGCACCUCAGAAGUUUCCCCACAGUCAUUACAAAGGAUCCAAACCUGACAAAGAAAUCACAUGUUUGUAAAUGUCUUAAGAGUAUUAUUUUGAGGAUUAGCCCAAGGCUUAAACUGACCAGGACUAAUAAUGCUU